GGAAGUUCACGUGAACACGGGCUGAUCUUCGGCAAAAAUGUAAUUGUGGGGCCGGCCGGUACAGCUAGGAGACUCGCACAUGCCGCCGGACGCACAUCAGCGCGAGCGUAUUACUCAAGUGAGCUGAAGCUGCAUUCAUUAACACAAAACACUGGGCUUGCUGAAGAACCAAUGCCGUAACACAGUGCACGUGGCUGCCAUCCCAGUUAACCCACCAUGCCGAUUGAACUCGCCAUGCCAAUUUAUCUGACGAAUGAAGAGUUCCUGAACCCAAGGGUGUCUAAAUACAGCAGGCCCUUGAGACCAUGUCUACAGCAGUGUCAAAGUACCAAACUUCGUUUUGGCUCUCCCAGGGAGCAUUCAGAGGCGAAUGGGGCCAGCGCACCCAUGGGGAUACCUGGCAGGGCCAAAAAACAAGUAUCUUUUGCUGAUCACAAGGGCCUCUCACUGACGAUGGUGAAGAUGUUUUCUGAAUUUGAUGAUCCCAUUGACAUCCCAACCAACAUUGUGCAGUUUUUUAGCUCUUCGCUGACACUGCCAGAAGGGAAGGACAGGUUAACCCUCGACUUUGACCAGCCGUCGGCAGAUUACUUAAAGUUUCGUCAGCGUAUAGAAAAUGAAAACAUCUGCCUCGAACACUGCAUGCUUAAGGAAAAAUCUGUAGCAGGCACGGUUAAAGUCAAAAACCUUUCCUUUGAGAAGUCCGUUAAGCUUCGCAUUACGUUUGACACUUGGAAAAGUCACACAGAAAUAGAAUGCCAGUACGUAAAGGACACUUACACCGGCUCAAACCGUGAUACCUUUUCAUUUGAAGCUACUUUGCCUGAUCAGGUGCCUCCACACGAACGCAUCGAGUUUGCCAUUUGCUAUGACGUCAAUGGCGUAAUGCUCUGGGACAACAACCAAGGACAGAAUUACAGAAUCGUUCAAUCAGCACUAAAGAAGAAUUCAAAUGACUUGAUCGGUGAGGAUCAGCAAUAUGGUGUGUGCGAUUGGGACCUUCAUUUUGACCGAUACGGCAGCCCCAGAUGCUCUCGUGGAAUCAUUCCCAAUUGGCCAAGCUAUGCUGGAUAUGAAGACAUUGGUCCAUAUUACUGAGAAUCUGCUUUCGGGGAAGUUUAUCCUGCUUGCUUAUCCAGCAGACAUUGUGAUGAAUGCCUCUUUAAAAAAAAACACAGCAACUUUGACGUUGUUCUUUGAACAAGGACCUGUUGGACUCUGAAGUCAUAUGGACACUUGGAGAUGUUUAUUUUCAAUAAUAUUGGAUUAUAUUGUGCAAAAGGAUGUUAUAUUUUUAAAAAUACAGUUCAUGGUGCUAUACAAAUGUAAUUAUGAGGGUAAUUUUUUUUAUUUUUCAAGUGUCUGUCAAAUGCAUUGAUGCUAGUUUCUGUGCAGGGUAGUGAAAGUUCUCAAGGUUGAUUUUGGGUUUGCAUGGACCUUUAUAAAAUGAUACAGUGUUAAUUAAGUGUAAGUAAAUCUGCAGGCCAGUAUAUGCUAAACUGUAAAUCAUGUUCAGUUCAAAUUAACUUCUUUCUUGAGAACAACAAAUGGUUUUGAUCUGAAAAACCUUGCUAAGAGCAAAGACCGAAUGACCCAAAAUGUGUUUUUCCCAAAAGAUGUGAGACCAGAGUUGAACUGAAUAUACGUAUGCAAAUUUUCAUAUUUUUGCUCUUUCCUGAACAGCUAAUUUUUAAUGUAAAACUCUUAAAGUAUUUACAUUUCUGUAUUUCUGUAUUUUAAUUGACUGUGACUGAUUCUCACUAUGAUUGACUGCACAACAGGAUUAUGAUAUUAGCGAUAUAAGUUAAUGUAAUGCGUAUCAUUUUUUUCGAGGUAAUGUAUGCACUUUAAUUUGUCGUUUAAUUUCUUGUCACCCAUUUUAAAUAGCAUUGUUCGAGUGUGAAUACAGGUUUGUCAGAACCACUUUAAAGACAUUGUUAAAAAAGUUCUUUCAAUGGUAUGAGGUAUGUUCAUUAUUUGCAUUUCAAUGCAAUGUUUUAAAUGUUCAUAAUCACUGAAAAUUUCAAAUAAAGUAUUCGAGCAAAUAAGA